UGCUGCAGCGCGAACGUGUCAAAGUGCCAUUAAUUAGAAUAGAUUUGCAUGGACUUCCUGAGCUCUCUGAAGGCUGUGGCUUGUUUCAUGCAGUAUGUGCUGAUUACAGAGUCAUCUGGACCCACAGAUUCCUGAACCACUCAGGUGCUGCGCUGUUAGACGGCGUUAUUUAAUGGUGAACCCUGCGCGUGGGUUGUCAGGAGAGGGAAUUAGUUUAUUGUAACACUGGACGUCGCUGUCAGGUGUCCUACAGUUUACACGAUGAUAAACCAAUGGGUGCUUCUCUCCACCUACAUCAUAACCUUCUUAAUCGGCCUGCCAGCCAAUAUUCUGGCCAUUUAUGCCUUCAUUAGGAAGCUGAUUGACAAUCCCACUCCUACUGACAUCCUGCUACUGAACCUGACCGCCUCUGACAUCCUCUUCCUCCUCUUCCUGCCCUUGAAGAUGUAUGAGGCAGCAUCUGGCCUGCAAUGGCACUUAUCCCAGAUACUUUGCUCCAUCACGUCAUUCGUCUUCUUUACCACCAUAUACACCAGUGCGCUGCUGCUGAUGGCCAUCAGCGUCGACCGCUACCUGGGAGUGGCCUUCCCUAUCGCCUACCGGAGGUUUCGCAAGCUCCUCUACGCCGUCGUCGGCAGCGUCUUCAUCUGGCUGUUCAGUGGAGCCCACUGCACCAUCGUGUUUGUGGUGGUGCAUAUGAACGAAAACAGCACCAUUCCCAAGACGACGUGCUACGAGAACUUCACCGAAAGCCAGAGCAAAAUCGUCCUCCCUAUGCGCCUGGAGUUCUUCGUGGUCCUCUGUUUGUUGCCCCUCUUGGUGUGCGUGUUCUGCUACCUCAACUGCAUCUGGAUCCUCUACAGCAGGCCUCGCAUAGCCAAGGAGAAGAAGCAGCGGGCCAUCGGGAUGGCAUUGGGAACCUUGACCGUCUUCCUGGUGUGUUUCCUGCCCUAUAACCUCUCCCACGUGGUGGGCUACAGCUCCAACAAGAGCCCACCGUGGAGAUACUACACUUUGCUGCUAAGCACCUUGAACACCUGCCUGGACCCCAUCAUCUUCUACUUUUCCUCCACCACCUAUCAAAACACCACCAAGAUCUCCUUCUGGAAACUCUUGUCCUUCGGUUGCAACAAAGACACAAAUCCUAAAGCCUCAAACGGACCAGAAGUAGAUUCCCAGAAUGUUAUGUUGUAGGAUACAGAGAGCAACACCAUAGACUGUAGGUGUUUGCUUUCAGCAUUGGACUCGAAUGUAAUGCUGGACUGAAUUGUGUUAUCACUGAAGGCUUGGUUACAGAACAUCCUGUUCUGGGGCUUAUCAGGCCUAACUUCAAAGCACACGAGCCAUUAUUUAACAUGUCAUAGGUGUCAUUAACAUGUCACAACCACAUUUUCCAUAUUUCUUUGAUAUAUUAACAUUUGUAAAGUUUUAAAAUUGACCUCUCAGCCCAGACAUCAAACUAAGUUGAUGUCAAAAAAGCAAUGGAUUUACACUUUUUCAACCCACAGCAGUUUAGUACCACGCACUCAUGAAGUUAUAAGGAGGAUUUCAACCUGGACUGGUUUUUAAAAUGCCGUAGCCAAUUAGAAGAGCGCUCAUUUCCAUUCAUCAGCCUUAACAAUACAACAAAAAAUGCCCUAAUAUAGACUAAUAAUAUAAUAUAAUAUGCUUACCUUGCUCUGCUUUAAUCUUCAGCUCAGCUGUAGCCACUUUUCUCGCAUCUCUGGCAGGAAACUUUUCCUCAAAAGUGAAAAUGUUUCUUGUUAAAUGUCUGACAUUUGACUUUUUGCGUCAGCUUCUCAUCCACCAGCUUCUUGUCCUAAUUUUCCUGUUCUACCUUAAAUGAUGCCUGAGGCACCA